ACAACACACUCAUGAAACCUAACAUGGCUUGCCUCAAACAAGUUUCAGCCCUGUUACUUCCUCUGUUGUUCAUUUCCUUCUUCAAACCCUCCCACGCCGGAGGAAUUUCCGUCUACUGGGGUCAAAACGGUAACGAGGGCUCCCUGGCCGACGCAUGCAACACCGGCAACUACAAAUACGUCAAUAUAGCAUUCUUGUUCACGUUCGGCGGCGGCCAGACCCCGCAACUGAACCUUGCCGGCCACUGCAACCCCUCUAUCAACAACUGCAACGUGUUCAGCGACCAGAUCAAGGAGUGCCAGAGCAAGGACAUCAAAGUGCUCCUGUCACUAGGCGGCGCCAGUGGCAGCUACUCCCUCAGCUCCGCCGAUGACGCAACACAGGUUGCCAACUACAUCUGGAACAACUUUCUCGGCGGGCAGUCGAGCUCCCGUCCUCUGGGCGACGCCAUUUUAGACGGUGUCGAUUUCGACAUCGAAUCAGGCACCGGUGAGCAUUGGGAUGAUCUCGCAAGAGCCCUAAAAGGGUUUAAUUCACAGUUGCUCUUAACUGCUGCACCGCAGUGUCCGAUCCCUGAUGCUCACUUGGAUACUGCCAUCAAAACUGGGCUCUUUGACAUUGUUUGGGUGCAAUUCUACAACAACCCUCCUUGCCAGUAUUCGAGUGGCAACACCAACGACCUCAUCAGUUCUUGGAACCAGUGGACCUCAAGCCAGGCGAAGCAGUUGUUUUUGGGAGUGCCAGCUUCUACAGCAGCUGCUGGAAGUGGGUUUAUUCCUGCUGAUGUGUUAACUUCUCAGGUUCUUCCUACCAUCAAGGGUUCUUCCAAGUAUGGAGGAGUCAUGCUGUGGGACAGAUUCAAUGACGGUCAAAGCGGAUAUAGUGGUGCUAUCAUAGGAAGUGUUUAGUUUGUUUUAGGUUGACAUUACAUAUCCAUAUAUUUAGAUACUGUUUUCUGUCUUUGGAAUAAGUAGCACCUUCCGUAGGAUUUCUUUUCUUCCUACACACACAUGUAGAGUGCUAUGUGUUAUUUAUCAUAUAAAAUAUGUCUCAUCACAGUAAAAGAAAGUAUAGAUUAUCUUCAAA